ACUGCAUCUGAAGGUUUAUAGGUUAAGUGACAAAGUGAACAAGUACGUACUUAAAAAAUGAAAUUCAAUAUCUAUCUAUUUGUGUUUAUUUCAUUCACUUAUCUCGUAAGCGUGCAAUGUCUCAAUAAGUAUAGCAAAGAGGCAAAUAAAGUCGAUGAUAAAUCUCAGGAUGAUUCUCAAUUUGAUAUGCGACCCGUAUCGCUGAAACACCUAGAUAGACCUUUUCGAAUGGCCAAACUCAACUUGUUAUGGUCUAAAGCUGUACUAAGACUAUCAGAAGUUAAACUGAAAUCCUUGUUUGGAGAACUGAAACUUCAUGAUAAAGAAGAAAUAACUUGGAAACACCUGAGGGCAGAGGGUAAAGAUAAAGAUGGAUUGAAGGAAGCUGAGUUGCGCACAAAAUUGAUUGCUAUAAUGAAAAAUUAUAACUUACUAGAUCAAGCUGAUGAUGUUUCAGAUCCAGAAAAAGUAAAACCUUUCAAGCCACUGAAUGAGGCUACUGAUAAACAUAUCAAUAAGAGUUUGUUCAAAGAUAAAAAAUUGAACAAACUUUGGGAGAAAGCAGAGAGAGCUGGUUUCACUCAAGAAGAACUAUUAGCAUUGCAGGAGGAGUUUGGACAUCAUCAAGACAAAAUCGAUCAGUACUAUUCAUUGUUACAUGACGUGAAGGGCAGUCCAGAAGAAUAUGAAGAAAAUGCUGUGGAAGAUUCACUCGAUAAAUAUAACAAAAUAGAUACUGAAGAAGAACCAAAAAAAGACUAUUUGGAGAGAGUCAAUACGCUUCGUGAGAAACAUAACGAAAUUAAAGACGGAUUUGAUCGUCUUCAUUUGCUAGCUGCCAAAGGACCUGCUAGCAAGGAAUUCGUAGAGCCCAAGGUGCAAGGCUUGUGGAAAAUGGCUAUUGAGAGUAACUUUACCCCUAGCGAGUUACAUUCUCUAAAAACAGAGUUGUUACACUAUGAAAAUCGUUUAUUGAAAUUGAGGCAUAUGCAAGUCGAACAUGCUUUACAUGAAGAAAAAUACAAAGACAAAGCAGAAAUGAAUAUUGCCGGUGGAAAAACUAGCACAGCCUCUCUAAUGGAAGAAAACAUAAAAAAACAUGCUAGAAAAGUUGAUAAAAUACAUUUAGAGUUGGAAACAAGGAUAAUGCAGAAGCACAUUGAGCUAUAAUUGAUGAAUGUUUUCAAACAUUUUUUGGUGCCAAAUUCCUUACUUGCAUUUAAUAAUUUUUACAUGAAAAGUUUAUAUGUAUAGGUACUGAUUUUUUUAUAUAUAUUUUUCAUUUUUAAUCCAAAUGUAGUCUAGUAUCAGUUGUAAAUUAAUAGAUUUUGUUCUCAAGAGUCUAGUCUAGCAUCAUAUAUUGAAGUUAAAUAAGGUUGUACAUGAUAUUAAUUGGUAAUUAUAUAUAUAGAAUCAUAUAAAAUAGGUGAUAUGUCCAGAUCUGAAACAUCCAUAUUUUUAGAAAAAUAUAAGGAUAACUUUUUGUUUUAUUCCAUAAUA